GCCAGUACCUGGUGAAACUUCAUCUCUGCAGGUUUAAUAUUUUAAGACUAUUCAGAGUUCGGUUCCCUUUAGAGAUCAGGAUCGGCGCAUCUUCAUCCUCGUGGUCAGCAAUAGUCGGACUCUGAACAGAAUCACACUGACGGAGUCUCAUCUGCUCUGGAAACAGUUGCAUAUGCCUCUGGACAAAAAUCAAACACAACAGGAGCAGUGAAAGCAAACCCAUAACGCAAACAUCAUGUAUGUGAACUCUCCUGGAGCCUACAAUGGAUAUUCACUGACCUUCCUGGGCAAGAAAGUGGGGAGGCAUCACUCUGUGGCCCCAGCAGGGAAACAAUUGGCCUGGGAGACGACUAACAGAACCACCUGUCCUGAUGAUCCUGGUGUGUCUUUAAGACCGGGUCGGGUUGCAGCAACAGCGCCGGUGCUGGAGGAUUUACCGGGCAGUGUACCAGAGAUGAGGGAUGAGAGGCCACGUCCAGUCAUUCACAACACACAGUUUGACCAGUACAAAGACAGCACAGCAGGUAAAAUCAGAGUGUUUUGUCGAAUUCGCCCUGUGAGUCGAACUGAGGCGGCGCAGGGCGGUGCCAUCAUUUUGGAGAAAAUAGAUGAAUACUCUGUCACUAUGGAGACGCCGCGAGGGCAGAGGGAGUUUCAGUUUGACCGGGUGUUCAGUGCUGAUGCCACUCAAGAGGACCUGUUUGAGGACACCAGCAGGCUCAUCCAGUCGGCUAUUGAUGGUUACAACGUCUGUAUUUUUGCAUAUGGACAGACAGGCUCAGGGAAGACCUUCACCAUGGUGGGGGACAAAGAGCGUAAGAACCCUGGGAUUAUGCCGAGAUCUUUUAAUGCCAUUUUUGAUAUCAUACGGGAGAACGAUUCUAGAUUUGACUUUAAGGUCUCUGCCUAUAUGCUGGAGCUGUACAAUGACAGGCUGCAGGACCUCUUUGUGAGCCUGGCUGGUGAGGCCCAUGCACAGCCCCAGUCCCAUGGCCAGGUCAGGCGGGUGGAGAUCAAGAGGAACAGAAAGGGGGUUGUGUUUGCCCAAGGAGCACAGACAAAGGAGGCCUCCAGUGCCCAGGAGCUCUACGCUCUGUUCCAGCAGGCCUGCGCCAACCGACACAUCUCUGCCACCAAGAUGAAUGUGGAGAGUUCCCGGUCUCACCUUAUUGUUGGAAUCAAAGUGGAGAGCAAGAAUCUGACUAAUGGAAGUGUGAGCACGGGGAAGCUGAGCCUUGUGGACCUCGCAGGAAGUGAAAGAGCAGCCAAGACGGGCGCCAAGGACCACCAGCUGAAGGAAGCGAACUCCAUUAACAAGUCUCUGAGCGCUCUGGGUGAUGUGAUCUCAGCUUUAUCUGCUGAACUGCCUCAUGUGCCCUACAGGAAUAGUAAACUGACACAGGUCAUGCAGGACUCGCUGGGUGGAAAUGCCAAAACACUCAUGAUCGUCAAUGUCUCUCCUUCAGAAUGUAACCUUGAUGAGACGCUCACAUCACUCAUUUAUGCCACAAGAGUGAAAGCCAUCACCAACAAUGCUCAAAGAUCUGUAGAUAGCAAAGAGAUAGCCAAGCUGAAAGAGAUAAUCACAAAGCUGAAGUCAGGACAAACAGUUGAAGAUGAGGACAUUUAA